UCAGUUUAUAAGCUAAUAAUAUUUAUAUCUUACUUUUAUCACUACAACUUUAUUAGUUUCUAUUCAUCUUACACAAAAUAAGUAAAGCGUAAACCAUACAGUGAGAUAGUAUUUUUUAUUCUAUUUCAGUUCAGUAAGAUCCAUUUUUAAAAGCAUUACAGUAAACCGCCGGUCAUUAUUUGUUGUUACUAUCCUGCGGGGUGUUUUUUGACAGUUUUGUUUGUAAAUAUUUUACUUUCAAUUUUGUUUAUGAACAUCGAUUUGAACGAUGCGAGAAUUAAAUAUUAUUCAAGUAUGUGCCAUAGUGAUGUGCUGUUUACAUUUGUCGGAAACACAGAAUGAAGUUUCGGAAAUAAAAAGAAUAUUCUCCGCAUGCAGGAAAAAGUCGCCUGAUUUUGAUACUUGCAUGAAACGAGCCUUCAAUAAAUUACGACCGUAUUUCAAAGUAGGCAUACCGGAGCUGGGUGUUGCGCCAUUUGACCCACACUUCGCUAGGGAAGUGAAGCGGUCGCGGAACAUAGCCGGUAUUGGGUUCACGAUCACUCUGAGAGAUGUUUACGAAGAAGGUUGGACGCAAUCUCUAGUCACCAAAUACAAGACAGACUGGAAUAACGGGCGGAUUAUUUAUUCUCAAUAUUUUCCUGUAAAAACACUACAUGGCGAUUAUGACUUUCAAGGAGAAAUGUUAGGUUUGAAUGUAUUCCGUUCGGGCCAUUGGAACCUCACCCUUCGAGAUUAUUCUCAGAGCACGCGCAUUAAACGUAACUACGGCGACCUGGACGUUCAUGUGGAAGUAGACCAUAUAGGUGGCAUGGAGUUGCACGUCGGAAAUAUAUUGAAAGGAAAUGGUAUAUUAGAGUCAAUACUGGAUCGUAUUAUCAAUGCUGCGUGGAAACCAGGAUUUGCGAUACUCAGACCUCUGAUCAACGACUUCGUAAGCACCGCUUUCACGGACAUCUGGAGCAAAUCCUUCAAGAAUUUCACAAUAAGCGAAUUCAUCAAAGACUGAUUUUAUAUGACAAAUACAUAGUUCAGUAAAUACUAUAUUUGUUAAAGAUAUAGUAUUUAUAUUUAUUUCGUGUUACUUCUGUUACACUGGAUUUAUAAAUAAAAAAAAUCUAUAUUUAUUUAUUUAAAUAAAUAAAUAAAUAUUUGAUUUUCAGUUAGUGAUGAUCGUGUCAGGGUGACCCGAGUAUUGGCUCAAGUACCUAAUUAAUACUCAAGGGGAGGAAAAGGAAAUGUUAGUAAUGGAGACUAGUGGCCCCAUUGCUAUCAAUAUACUCUGUCAAGUCGACCUCUACGCGGUUCUCCCUGGAAACCAUCGUGAUUAUUCUUAUAAAUUCGUCACGAUGAACCAACAGGCCUGCUUCACCUCUACUUAUUAUCCCUCACUGAUACCGCGCAUACUUACAUACCGAUAGGGGAGGCGUUAUUAUGUUGUUAAUAUGUCAUAAAAAAUGUACUCAAC